AGCGGCGGCAUCAUCAGGGAAAAUGCUAAAAGGAGAAAGCAGCAGCCUGCGGCUAUUCCUACUCGGCUUGUUGUCGCUUCUUCACAUGCACCGAGUCCUUGGUAACGUAGAAGUUGAAGCUUUAAAUGCUAUGAAGAAUGCACUUGAAGACCCAGGCAAUGUUCUACAUAAUUGGGAUACUAGUCUCGUCGAUCCCUGCACUUGGUUUCGUAUUACAUGUGGUCAAGUAAUAGGUGAACCGGAUUACAAACAUGUUAUUCAAAUUAAUCUGGAAAUUUCAGGGCUCUCUGGUACACUCGUUCCAAAUCUCCAGAACCUUGCACAUUUGCAGUAUUUGGAGCUUUUUGGUAAUGCAAUCUAUGGUACGAUACCUGAGGAGUUUGGCAAACUAUCAAACUUGGUGAGCUUGGAUUUGUACGAUAACAAUUUGACCGGGCAAAUACCCCACACGUUUGGCAGUUACAAUCAUCUCAGAUUUAUGAGGCUUCAAAACAAUACAUUCACGGGCAUUGUUCCUAGGUCUUUUAUCACAAUAUCCACGCUCCAAGUCUUG